UACAUAGUCAGUUCGAAUGUAGACACCCAAACCCACUCGUGUGGUACCGAGAAAUGACAUUUGUUCUCUGACGACUGGCAUUUUCACUUUCUCACAGAUUAGCAGUGAUCGGCGGGUUCGGUGUUUUCGGUGUUGAUUUUUUUUGGUGUGCACGGAAAAGCAGUUUGGGAAACAUGAUUUGGUUUAAAGUGUUGUGCUCCGGGGCGAUUUUAGCACUUGCAACAGCAAAAGUCGCGCCAAAAGUGAAGUGCACGCCGGAGCAGAUGCGCGUCGAGGUGCCCAUCGGGCCGGCGACGCGUUCCGUCUACAUCGAGGGGCUGCGGGACUAUCCCGAUCCGGCAUGUCGUCCCCACACCGACCCCACGGGAACUCUCGCCGUCCUCGAGCUGGACCUCAACGACGUCUAUCGAUGCGCCGUCACACGGGCCGUCAACAAACAAACGGGCAAACAAAUUUUCUACCAGACACUGAUAAUCGAGAGUGCUGAAACGUUGGAUGGAAAACAGCAAAAGGAAGUACGUGAACAGUUGCAUGUGAAAUGUUCCAUAUAUUCUCCGAGAAAUCACACAAUAACCAGGAGAAACGUGUUGCCUGCAGGAUUCCAGGAACCCGAAGAGUUCGAAUUCACGACGAGCUUAACGGAAAAGGCGCCCGAACCGAUUUUAGGGGUUGGCGUUCGUCAAGCUGGCAAACUGGUGACUGGCGAGUUGAACGUAUCACCGGGUACGCCGCUCCAGAUGGAAAUUUUCUUGGAUAAAAAUUCCGCACCCAUUUAUGGACUGUUGGUUACCCAUAUGCAAGUCACAGACACCAAGGCUCAAGAGGAAACUAUUAUUUAUAAUGGUUGUUCGGUCGAUCCGUACUUAUUCGAGAACUUCAACACUGUGGACGGCGAUUUUCUGGCCGCAAAAUUCAGGGCUUUCAAAUUCCCGGAGUCUACAUACGUGCAAUUUAAGGGAACCGUCAACGUAUGCCUGGAUAAAUGCAAAGGGGUUGAAUGCAGCGAUGGACAAAUCGGAUACGGACGUAGACGCCGUUCGAUUCCCACCUUGCCGGCCGACCCCAACAAAGUUUUCGAGAUCUCCAUCACAUCGUUCAUCAAAGUGAACUACGACAACGACGGUGAAAACUUCGAGGAGGUGAUCAAGAACCAAACCAAGAUCUUCAACAAUAAAAAACUCAUCGUGGGCAACCAAAUGACCGACGACAAAAGAUUCUACAAAACUGUAGACGACAACCAACAAAUGGUCAGCGAGCUGAAAGAAGAACAAAAAUACACUUCCAUAGUGGCUGAAAGUUGUGCUUCGUUGUUGAGUUUAACUCAAUUAACCGUAUUACUGUCAGUAGUGAUGAGAUUAUUCCUGUAAAUAUUAGAAAUAUAGUGCAGCAACGAAAAAUUAAUGAAGAUAAUUGUAAAUAAGUCUGUGAUAAUAACGAAUAUAUCAAAAACGUUUAGAUGAUCCUUUGUAAAAACUGCACUCUUCACUUAAUUUUUAUUGUACCGUUACAUGCGUGAAAGUCGCAAAAUUAACCAACGCUUUCGUGCAUGUAGCAAGUCACUACAAAUCAAUGUUUAUAAGCAAUGUUUUGUUAAAUAAGACAAUGUCACACAAUUAUCAAUAAUCGGAUAUUUUAGGCAAUUUCAAGCAUAAUUUUGUUAUAAUCAGUGGAAAUAGGUUGUAUUAACCACGAUCAUGAUUGACUAAAACUCAUAGUUACCCAAUAAUCAUUACAUUUUCUUGAACAAAAUACUGUUUAUGGUAAUAGUGCUACUUAAAUUAAACUUGUUAACGCCUUUGCUUAUCGGCGUUAACAAGUUUAAUCACAAUUUUUUUAUUAACCACUAAAACUGCCAGCUUUUUAAUUUAAGUACUAUUAUAAUAGUGUAAAAUAUAAAUGUUAAAAGUUACUAAAUUUAGUGAACAAGGUUAAUUAAUGUAUAUUUUUAUCCGGCAAUAAUUAACUGCCCAUAUUUUACAACGAUUACUCUAAAACAUGUCAUUUUAAUUAUUUAACUAGUCUGUAUUGUCAAUUAAUUUAAAUUAAUAAAAUCGAUAACGACAA